AAAGUUGCCCCUUCGCGAGAGAGAUAGUGAAAAAGGCGCGAUCGUCCCGGGACAAAUGUAUCAGAGUGCCUGUGGAGCGGCAACAGGUGGAUGCGUAAAGACUGAGCACAGUCACAGUCGCGAGAGCAACUUGAUAUCACAUGAGCCCGCUGUGGCGCCCAUCGAGCACGAUUACAGUGGCUUUGACAUCGUUAAGGCCACCCAGUAUGGGGCAAUUGGGCGAGUUAAGGAGCUCAUCGAGGCUGGCUGGGACGUCAACCAGCCCGACAGUGAGACGGUGACUCUGCUCCAUUGGGCUGCCAUCAACAAUCGCAAGGACAUCAUAAAGUAUUUCCUGGAGAAGGGAGCUGUCGUGGAUGCCGUUGGGGGUGAACUCAAUGCCACUCCACUGCACUGGGCCACAAGACAGGGGCACAUUAGUGCGGUGGUGCUGCUGCUGGCCGCUGGAGCAGAUCCCAGUAUCAGGGAUGCCGAGGGAGUGUCCUGCAUUCACCUGGCAGCUCAGUUUGGGCACACAGCCCUUGUGGCCUAUUUCAUUGCCCGCGGAGUCAAUCCUGAUCUGCAGGAUCGCACGGGAAUGACUGCCCUGAUGUGGGCAGCAUGGAAGGUUGUGGAAAUUGAUCCGGUGAGGCUGCUGCUGACCCUGGGAGCCAAUCCCAGUGUCGUGGACCAUACACAUGGCAACACAGCUCUUCACUGGGCCAUCCUAGCGCGAAAUGCCACAGCAAUCAACACACUCAUCCUCAAGGGCAAGGCAAGUCUAGACAUUCCAAAUCUGCGUGGGGAUACUCCCCUGUCGAUGCUGCAGUCACAGAUUGGCUCAUUCUGGAUCUCUCCCAAAGUUGUGGAGAAGCUCCGGGAGUUGGGUCAGAUGCAGCAGAGGCGCAAUUUUCUUGUGCGCUGCUCGGUGGACAAGAGAGUUCGCUGGUGGACAAUGGUGGCCACACCAUUUCUUGUCUUCUAUCUGGCUGGCCUGAUUUUCAGCUCUGAUCUCCUGUACAUCAUCAAAUUCUUUCUUUUGGGCUGUCUCUAUGCUGUGACUCAUACUGUGGGCAGGGCUAUGUUCGAUGACCACCUCAUGACUCUCAUCCCACUCAGUGUCUAUCUGGCCACGAAAUUUUGGUUCUAUGUCACGUGGCUGGUGUACAUAGCACCGGCUGUUUCGGCCUGGCUAACCCUGGCCUUCCUGGCGUCCAGUGGUAUCCUUUGGUGGUGCUUCCUGAAGUCCUGGCGCGGAGAUCCGGGUGUCAUUCGACCGACGCAGGAGCAACGGAUGCGAACGAUCAUUGAGUUGAGCGAACGCGGAGGAGCAGGAUUCGCUCCACCGGGUUUCUGCUCCUCCUGCUUAGUCAGACGUCCGGUUCGUUCCAAGCACUGCUCCGUUUGCGAUCGAUGUGUUGCCCGGUACGAUCAUCACUGCCCCUGGAUUCAGAAUUGCGUCGGCAUUGGCAAUCACAAGCACUUCAUGGGCUUCCUGUGGGCGCUGAUGUUCAUGUGCGCCUGGAUGUUGUACGGAGGUGCACAGUUCUACACGGUUCAGUGCGAAGUGACGUUCGAUGGCUUCUGGAAUGCCCUAAUGGCCAUUGGCACGUGCCAGCCGUGGGUGGGAUGGGUGAUGGCCAAUGCACUGCUGCACAUGGCCUGGGUGGCAACUCUGGCACUGUGUCAGACGUACCAGAUUGUGGCAUUGGGCAUGACCACGAAUGAGCGCAUGAAUCGCGAUAGGUACAAGCAUUUUCAGGCCAAAGGGGGCAAGAGUCCCUUCACCAGGGGCUACAUCAAUAAUUUGGUGGACUUUCUGGAGUGCAGCUGCUUCGGCCUCAUCAAGCCCAAUCGCAUUGAUUGGAUGACAUUUUUUGACCUGGACAAACCGCAGGAGCACGAACCACUUCUCAGGCCGACGGACAACUAUCAGUAUGUCUAGGGAACGGAGAAGCCAUCCGUGGCUCCGGAGGAACAACCACAUGGCUCAGUCACAGUGUAAGUAACAUCCAAAAUCAAUCGUAUCCACGCAAGAAAAAAGUAGCUUGAGGGGCAGAAAGAGACUAAAAACAGUAUCCACAAGUUUCUUCAUCAAAACCAUAAAAAAAAACAUUUUAAUUUGACGACCUAAAGUACUGGGAGUGAUUAAGAGAAUGAUUCAGAAAGGAGAAGUAAAGACUUGAUUUUCUUUACAUUUUGUGAUAGGCUUCUAUAUUUUCCUAAGGUUGUCUUCUUUUUUUUUCUUAAGAGAAAAAAGUAGUAUCACAAGAAGACUAAUUUGUAAAUUGUAUUUAAGAAUAAAUUAAAAUUUACAGCUAUUCGCAAAGUGCAAAGAGAAAAGAUGUCGUAGAAAAAACAUUUUAAAAUACAGAUGGCGCUGUAGUCUAGAAAAUAUUUUUUUUACUUUCUUGACAGCGAGUUUGACAAGAAAUUAGAAAAGCAACAAUCACUAACGCCUGUCUUUUCCAGUGACGCCAUAUAAGUGGACUGUGAAAUUCAAACAAAAACAUCAGCAGCACUGAAGGGUAAUCCACUGUAGAAGGACAAACAUUUUUGUAGAGAAACAUAGCUAGAAAUGCGAAAUCACUUCUAAAAAAACACGAAAACCUUUUUUAAUUUCAGGAACACCUAAAAGAAACAUGAAAACAUUUCUAGAAGCGCGGAAUCGAGUUGGCAACGCAACAAAGAAACAUGAAAACAUUACAAAAAAAAUAAGGGAUCUCUUCUAGGAAACAAGAAAGGUUUCUGAGAAACUUUAAAGAGUCACAAAAGUGUUCCUAGAAAAAAGAAAUCGCUGGAAAUGACAAACACGUCCAAGAAACUUAAAAACGUUUUACUAAAUACGAAAAGCAUUCAUUAAUAAACAAGGAAACGGGUUUGAAAAUUUGGAAACGCUUCUAAAAUGUUGGCAACGCAACAAAGAAACAUGAAAACAUUACAAGUAACAUGGAAUCUAUUUUAAGAAACAAAACGUUUCAAAAACGUUUUUAGAGAUACGAAAUCGCUUAAAGGAAAUGAGAAACGCUACCAAGAAACAAGGAAAUGGGUUUGAAAAUUCGGAAACGGUCCUAAAGUGUUGGCAGCGUAACAAAGAAACAUGAAAAUAUUACAAUAAACACGAGAUUUCUACUAGGGGACGGGAAUCACUUCCAAGAAACUUCGAAACAUUUCCACAAAUGGUGGCAACUCACUAAGGGGAUACAAAAAUGUUUCUAGAAACGCAAAAUCGUUUUGAGGAAAUGAUACAACGUUUUGAAGAAACAUGAAAACGCUUCUAUAUGAGCGCAAAGUUGAUUUUAAUGGUCGGAAAACGCUUCCAAGAAACUUGAAAACGUUUCUGGAAAUGCGAAAUGCAUGAAUAAACAGGGAAACGGGUUUGAAAAUUCGGAAAUUGUUCUUAAAAGUUGGAAACGCAACAAAGAAACAUAAUAAUGGUAUAAGAAACACGGGAUCUCUAAUAGGAAACUAGAAACACUUCCAAGAAACUUCUUCGAGAAAUACUAAAUGCAUAAAUAAAUCAGGAAAAGGUUUUGAAAAUUCAGAAACGGUUUUAAAGAGUUGGCAACGCAACAAAGAAACAUGAAAACCGUACUAGAAACAAGGAAUCUAUUCCAGGCAACGGGAAACACAUUAAAGAGAUACAAAAACGUUUCUAGAGAUGCGAAAUCGCGUUAAGUAAAUGAGAAACGGUACUAAGAAACUCGGAAAUAUAUAUGAAAAAAAGCGGAAACGCUUUUAAUAAACAUAAAAAAACGUUAAAAAGCGCAAAAUCGAUCCUAAGAGACGGGAGACGCCUCCAAGGAACUUGAAAACGUUUCUAGAAAUGCGAAAUGCAUAAACAAACAAGAAAAUGGUUUUGAAAAUUCGGAAACGGUUCUAAAAUUUGCUAACGGAACUAAGAAAUAUGGAAAUGCUACAAGGAACAGAGAAUCUCUUCUAGCGAUUCUUCCAGGAAGCAGGAAGUCCUUCCGAGAAACUAGGAAAGAUUCCUUAAAAAAAAUGCGUAAACGUUUCUCAGAAACGCGAAAAUGUUUCCAGAAUUGCGAAAACCUAUUAAAAAACGCGGGAAUGUUUGUAAAAAAUACGAAAACAAUUUUAAGAAUCAUUGAAAGUACAUCUAAAAUUGAGGAAUGAGUUUUAAAAAUGCUGUAACACACCAUAGAAGUAUGAAAACGUUUCUAGAAGCGCGGAAUCUCUUCCAGGAAACAGGAACCGCUUCUAACAAACUCGAAAACGUUUGUAAAAGUAAGGAAAAUUUCCAAAGAACCCCAAAAAAGCUUUUGUAAGCGCAGAAAUAUUUCUGAGAAUUAUGAAAACUUUCAAGCGAGUUUUUAAAUUAAUAGCCUCAUUAAGAAAAUGAGUGGAAACUCAGAAUAUUUGAGGUUAUAUUACACGAAAAUUUGUUUCUAGUACAAUAAAAUGCUUCUCCUGGUAUUUUGAUGAGCUUAUCAUGAUUGAAGAAUUUUAGAAUGUCACAAAUCUUUUUAUUUGAGCCUUGUAACAUUGGAUUCAGUCACAUUUUCAAGAAAAACUUGUGAUACUACGAAGAUUGAGGCGUAACUUGCGGUGACGCCUUAAAAUGUCAGUGUUACGAGAAUUUAUAGAUAAUUCUGAAACUGUUCUGAAAUGCUCAAAUAUGCCAAAAUCGGUUCACAACUUCAAAAGUAUUCCAGAAUUUCUGAAGAAAUGCAAAAAGAACCUUUCAAUAAAUUUGCACUUUGCAACUAAAGUAAGUUUUCGAAAUUCUAAAGCGCAAUCCGAAAAUCAAGCUUAGAGAAAUUAAUGUUUUAAUUGGAAAUAUUUAAACUGAAAACAUUUAUUAAGUCUGAUACUGAUUGUAAAGCUGUGAAUGUUUUUUUCUCAUUUCGGAUUUUCUGAUUGCCGCUAGCUUCAAAGCAUUUGAAAAGCAUUAAAAAAAACUGUAGCCAAUCAGAGAAUUAAGUAAGGCUUUUAAGCUUUUUAUAGUAUCUUCGAACCGUUAUAGCAAAUUAAACCUUCUUUAGUAUUCACGUUCUGUGCAUUUCUUCAAAAAGGUAAAGCGAAUAUCAGUUCAAUUAUAGCAAAAUAAUUCCGAAACUUCUGAAAAUCUUUCUCGUCAUAAAAAUACUCCAUGAAUUCCCUGCAUAUGGCACUAAAUGUGCUUUUAUAGGACGAAAGCUCAAUACUGUUGAGCUUUUUUUCAUGAGAAGUCUUUCACUUUCGUCGCUCUCGUCUGUUUCAUCCAAUGACAGCUUGUAAAUAAUACAAAAUAUUUGAAGGGCCUACACAUCAAUAAACGUAUUUUUCAGCAAAUGUCCUUCGAAAUUACGAAAGUAAUUAUUCGAAAAGCCCUUAGAAAGAGGGUUACAUUACUUAAAUCGAUUUCUGAAUCAUUCUCCGUAUUUUUUUUUAUUUAAAUUUUGUAUCCAUUUGGUAAAUCUCCAAGUCAUUAGAUAGAAUAACAAGUUAACUCAUAAAAAUGGAGAAUAUCCAACAUACUUCAUUUUAGAAGGAUUUUUUAAACAUAAAUCAAAAGAUAAUACAGAAUAUAAAAAAAGAAAGAAAAUAAUAAUAAAAACGGGAAGAAACUUUGAUUGAAAUGGAAAGUGAACUACAAAAAAUAAAAAAAAGAAUCUAGUCAAUAAUAAAGCUAAAUAAUUUAUCGAGUAAUAAAUUUGCAUAUUAAAUGUUUUACACACAAAAUAAAGAGAAUAAAAAAAAACAAAGAACACCGCUAUCAUACGAUUUACUACAAUAUCUAAAUGUUCUAUAUAUACAUAACUUACAUUAUAAAAAAUGAUAACCAGAAGCAAAACAAGUGAAAUUGUGAAUGAUAAAAUGUAAAAAUCAAGACAGAAAAAAUGAUAGAAAAUCGCUUAAGGACAUUAAAAACAAAACAACAAACAAAUGAAUGCUCGAUGUGUCAUUGAAAGUUUUUUCAAUAUUCAUUAAAUCCUUUUUCAAAACUUUUAUCAUAGAGCAAGAAACAAAAGUCAUUCUAGAUUUAAUAGCAAUAUUAAGCGCUUUUCAUAAUAAAAGGAUUAAAAUUGAGAUGUGGGGCUAAAACAAAAUCUUUUCCGAUUGAAUCUAAAUAAACAAAAAUUUAUUAAAUGUAACAAAGAAAAUGUGAAUAUUCAUUAUUAAACAAAAAAAAAGAAUUAAUCGAAAGUUUUAAUAAUUGAGAAAAAAAUCUAA